AUUAUGAUUCGUCACCUAGCCAAUCAGGGCCCGCGUGCAGACGGGCGCAGAUGACCAGAUGUGCGUCGGACGGAAAACAGCAUGUUAUGCCAGCGACAGCUUUACUUUCGCCUCCACAAAGUUGUACUUUGGCAUAGCAGUGCGUAGCAGGGUGCCAAAACCUAAGAAAAUGAACAGGUGAUAUAAUGCAGAAGGGUGCCAAGACGUAUACGGAAGCGAAGUAUGAAAGCUCGGAGUUAUCCAGAAGACUCUAUCGGAGUGCCUCAGAAGCAGCUCGGCGCUUGGAGGAGUGGCUUCGGGGUGCUUCCUCAUUUGGAGCUUUCUUUGCUCAAGAGGUGACACAUCUCAGGGCAAGGCUGAAGGAUUACUGUGAGCGCCUCCUGUUUACCGCUCCACUUGAAUAUGGCCGUCAAGCAGAGGAACUUACCUGGCGCAAGGUUUACUACGAUGUUGUGCAACACUACAAGGCUACAAAGGCUACCACAGAGGAGGAUUCUGUGGCCGAGUUGCGAGCCCACUUGCAUUCUGGCUUGGGCCACUACCACCACCUGUUGCUGAGGCUUCAGGCCGAAGCACAACUCAACCUGGAGACAAAUGUGGACGUGCCACUAAUUUGGGAGUACGAAGGCCUUAACAGAGGUACACGCUGGUCCCAGAAACGUCCAGCCGAAGAUGGAUCCCCUCCACUACCGGUGGAGAACGUGCUCUGGGCUAGACAGGCUGCCCAUCGGUUUCUUAUUGCAUUGGGUGAUAUAGCACGCUACCUGAUUGAGCUUGAGGACCGCGAGCAUGGUCACUGGGCUGCGUUGUCUGCCCGCUACUACUGGCAGGCCCUGUCACUGGACCCUGGGUCUGGCAUGCCUCACAACCAGCUGGGCACCCUGGCCGCCGGCGACACUUGCAAAGCUGCCUACCACUUCCUGCGAUGCUUGCAGAGUAGCCAGCCAUUUGAAGGGGCACAAGGGAACCUUUUGCGCCUGCUGGACAAGAACAGCAGCGAGCAUUCUCCCGUGGGUCAACUGAGAGACAGGUGCCAGCCAUCAGCACUCUUUACAAGCAGCUACCUGCGAUUGUGCGAGCAGUUCUACACAUCUAGUGACACCAGUGGCCUGCAGAGCCUGUGCGAGGAGUGCUUGUCACAGCUGACUGCUGUCUUGGAGCAGCCCGAGGAAGAGGCAGAGUUGGUCUUCCAGGCAGCCGCCAUGGCCAUCAUCUGCACCGACAAGCUGCAUAAGUCAGGGCCCCAUCCUUUGAGCAGUGCUGCGGCUGCCUUCACACUGAACAUGUUCUCCCAUGUGACUGCGACCUGCUGCCACCUUGUGUCUCAGUGCUCCCUCACGGGACCUGAGAGACACAUCAUCGACCAAGGUGCUGAGGUGCCUGCAGUUCCAAAACUACUGGCUGAAUCUACGUUGCCACAAGACAGCUCUUUCGCUGCCAUCACCAAUGGCUGGUUUCCAGGUACUGAUGUGGAGGAAGAGUCUUCAAGUUUCUCUCCUCCGCUUAGCAGUGAUGACAAUCCGCUCUUUACCGACCUGGCACGUGCAACUCUGCUGCCAACUGUGAAAAUGUUCUGUGACUGGCUCAUGGGACGCACCGAUUUGAUCGGACCUUGCACACAGGCCAGAACACCUUUGUGGCAGCACUUGGCCUCCCUCUUCAACUUGGCGCUGCCAUUUAUCCCACCAUCCUAUCCUAUCGACAUGACGCUACCGGACACGCCAACCAUGUGCCCAUUACCAGAAGACGUCUGCCUGCAGGGAACUGCAGCAUUGUCUGCAGCUCACAGCAAGAUCAACUGGGAGUUAAGGGUACAACACGGAGAAGAGUGCCAGCUACGCCUUGUGUACCUGGUGCGCUUUGGGCAGUGGCUAUCCGAGAGACCAGGAUCUGGGUUGCAGUACACCCAUAGCCAGUUCCAGCCCAAGGUGCCGAUAAUGACCAAUGGGACUUCAUCACCAAUGUCAUUAAGCAAUGAUGUCCUCGUGGUGGGUGGUGAGGGAGGAGGAGGAGGUGGUGACGAGAAGCGCAAGCGGGUGAUGCGCAGCAUGGCCCACCUUUGGCUGGAGCAGGAGGUGCGGGACCUGGAGGGGCAGCUGGGCCAGGCGGGCAGGCAGGCUGCACCACCGCCCUUCCUGGUGCCGCACACACAGGUGCUCUGCACACGCCUGGUUCACUUGCGACGCCUCGUGGCCUCCCGACGCUUUGUGCUUGUGGUGCCCUCACACGUGAUCGCAUGCCUGGACCUGCUGAAACGGGAAAGCGUUGGAGCGCGCGAGUCAAUCCGUUGGCUCGAGGGGGAGCUGCGCAGAGGAAGCAGAUAUGUGCGUUCUCAAAAGAGCCAUGAGCGCCUCUCUCUGUCUCCCAUGAAGUACCCAAAACGCAAGGAGAAAGAAGCUUGGGAGCUGUUCCAAAUCCUCGAGUGCUGCCACCACCUGGAGAAGCAGUGCCCCCGAGGGGGGCACCCAGCUGACCGGCCUCUCGUGACGCUACUUGUGUGUUCUGGACCACCCGGCAUGGUGGGCGGCCUGCCUCCCAAUGCAACUGCACUCGCCAGCUCUGCAGGCAUAAACAUGGAGGAUGUGGAAGCAUUCACCACCAAGUGGCUGACAGCGAGUGUGCCUAGAACACAACCUGGCUGAGGCCUCAAGGAAUGACCCCUGAGCACCUUGUUCAUGGAUUGACAGUGGAUUCUUUGGAGGCGAGAAACGGGCCCAUCGACCGAUUGUGCAGGCACACCGCUUUCAUUUGCAGCAAGUAUGGGAAUCCUGAGCAACGAGUCUUGCACCCAACAAGAUCGCCGCGGUAGCUUCUGGUGAGGCAUCAGCUGAGAUGCUGAUGAAAGGUUCGGCUGGUCACCCCAUGCCUUAUUCACAGCCAAUUGGCUGGUGCAGCAGAAAGAAAAAGAAAAAGCCAUCCCUCAGGUCAUGGAAGGCUGAAUACAAUUCUUGUCAAAGAAGCCAGCAGUGCAAUUUGGGCUGAUGAUUGAUUUUGAAUGUUUGUACUGACUUGUGCUGUAAGCUCGACACCAGUCUUGUUCUUUACAGUGUACUAGUAACCUGAUUUGUGCACCUUGUGCACACAACGCACAGCGUUUAGACAAGUCAUCUGCUACGGCUUUUGGUUUAGCAUUAGACAUACUCGAGUAAACUUACUUCAUUCAGUUACAUAAGCGCUUAUGGUUUCACCUUCUUGUUUCUCAUUAAUAUUGUGAAACAUUUUCCUGCCUUUUUGCUUUGCAUCAACUCGUUAAAGCAAACUGGUUGAUAAGGAACAUUAUGAUGCAUAUAUGAGAGUUUAAGCUAAAACUGCGUAAUGUUACUCAGAAAAACAAGAUAUAUUGUAGCUUCUCAUACAUCAUAGCAAGAUUUUAAAAAUCAGAAAGGUUUAAACUUUAUGUUAUUGCACUGAAACUUUUGGCGGAGCACUAAAUGACAGAACAGUUAUGGCAACAUGUGGGCCCAUGUAUUUAUCUUACUUGUCCCGUCAUUUGGCACUCUUAGUUUAUGAUCAUUCGGGUGGCCUGUUUGUGUUGCAGAGUUGUUGCCCAUUGGAUUAAAUCCCAGCAGGCACUUAGCUUUAUUGAAUGCAAGCUGCAUUUGACAGCACAUCGUUGCCACAUGUAUUUCGAGCUGCCUAGUAACCCUGCACACUGUUUAAAAAACGUAACUUGAAAAAUAUUGCGUAAAAGCUUUUGUGCUAGUUAAAUGCCUCAUCAUGUCAUAUGCAACAUGACCGAACCUAAAUGGAGCCCUGUCGUCAGCACAAUGGCUGCUUUUUUUUUUUUAAUUAGUUUUUCAGUUAUGCAGACUGACCAGCAGAAUUUCUUGGUGCCGCUGAGCCCUGCAUAACUUUUUAUAUCAGACUAUAAGUUGGGUUCUAUAAGCCAUUUACUGUUAUUUAGUUUAAUUUAGGUAUGCUGUCCAACAUCUGCGAAGACUCCAGAUAAUGUGACAGCCAGUCACUUUUUAUUUUCUAUGUUUACUUGUCUUGUCUAGUAGACUUUACACUGGUCGUUAUUGCAGCAUCUUGUUUGUUUGUGUUUUCGGAUGCCAAAGUUGCAUAAUUGUACUUGAUACCUGUCAAAAGAGACUACUUGUUGAAAUCAGUGCCAUUCAAAGCGCGGUAUUGUUCAUUUGAAAUAAAAAUAUUUUGAGUUGUCA